UUCCACCCUGGUUUUUAAUUCGUCCCUCCAACGUUUAUGCCUACGAAAGUAUGGAUAUUGAGUUUGAAUGUGCUGUGGCUGGGAAGCCUGUUCCUACAGUGGAGUGGAUCAAGAAUGGAGAAGUGGUCAUUCCAAGUGACUACUUUCAGAUAGUGGGUGGCAGCAACUUAAGGAUUCUGGGCUUGGUAAAGUCAGAUGAAGGUUUUUAUCAGUGUGUAGCUGAAAAUGAAGCUGGAAACUCACAGGCCAGUGCACAGCUAAUCAUCCCGGAGCCUGCUGUCCCAAGCUCCAGUGUCCUCCCCUCUGCCCCCCGAGAUGUGGUCCCUGUGUUGGUCUCCAGCCGCUUUGUCCGUCUCAGCUGGCGCCCGCCCGCGGAAGCCAGAGGCAACGUCCACACCUACACGGUCUUCUUCUCCAGGGAUGGCAUCAACAGGGAACGGGCAGUGAACACCUCUCAAUCUGGGACACUCCAGCUGACCGUGGGCAACCUGAAGCCAGAGGAGACCUACACCUUCAGAGUGGUGGCCUACAACGAGUGGGGACCAGGAGAGACCUCCCAGCUCAUCAAGGUGGCCACGCAGCCCGAGCUGCAAGUCCCUGGGCCGGUGGAAAACCUACGGGCUGUGUCUACCUCCCCCACCUCCAUCCUGGUCUCCUGGGAUCCUCCAGCCUAUGCCAAUGGCCCUGUUCAAGGCUACAGGCUCUUCUGUACAGAGACAGCAACUGGAAGAGAGCAGACCGUGGAGGUGGACGGGCUGUCCUACCAGCUGGAGGGGCUGAAGAAGUUCACCGAGUACACCCUGCGCUUCCUCGCCUACAACCGCUACGGCCCCGGCGGCUCCAGCCAGGACGUGGUGGUCACCACCCUUUCAGAUGUGCCCAGCGCGACGCCUCAGAACGUCUCCUUGGAAGUGGUUAACUCCAGGAGCAUCAAAGUGAGCUGGUUGCCUCCACCACCAGGUACUCAAAAUGGAUUUAUUACAGGCUAUAAAAUCCGACACAGAAAAACCACCCGCAGGGGGGAGAUUGAAACACUGGAGCCCAACAACCUCUGGUACUUGUUCACAGGACUGGAGAAAGGAAGCCAGUACAGUUUCCAGGUGGCUGCCAUGACAGUGAAUGGGACAGGACCCCCCUCGGACUGGUACACGGCAGAAACCCCCGAGAACGACCUCGAUGAAUCUCAGGUUCCUGACCAGCCAAGCUCCCUCCACGUCAGGCCCUUGACAACAAGCAUUGUCAUGAGUUGGACUCCCCCUCUGAACCCCAACAUCGUGGUCCGUGGCUACAUCAUCGGCUACGGCGUGGGCAGCCCCUACGCCGAGACCGUGAGGGUGGACAGCAAACAACGUUACUACUCCAUUGAAAACCUGGAGCCAAGUUCCCAUUAUGUCAUUUCCUUGAAGGCCUUUAACAAUGCAGGAGAAGGGGUCCCUCUCUAUGAAAGUGCCACCACCAGGUCCAUGACAGUCCCAGAUAUCUCCACCCCCAUGCUCCCACCAGUAGGUGUCCAGGCUGUUGCACUUACACAUGAUGCAGUGAGGGUCAUCUGGGCAGACAACUCUGUCCCCAAGAACCAAAAGGCAACGGAGGUUCGUUUCUACACGGUGCGAUGGAGAACGAGCUACUCGACCAGUGCCAAGUACAAGUCAGCAGACACAACUGCUCUGAGUCACACCGUGCUGGGGCUGAAGCCCAACACCAUGUAUGAGUUCUCUGUCAUGGUCACCAAGGGGCGACGGUCCAGCACCUGGAGCAUGACGGCGCACGCCACCACCUACGAAGCAGCUCCAACCUCUGCUCCCAAGGACCUGACAGUUAUUACAAGGGAAGGGAAGCCCCGGGCUGUCACUGUCAGCUGGCAGCCACCCUUGGAAGCCAAUGGAAAAAUUACUGCUUACAUCCUCUUCUACACCCUGGACAAGAACGCUCCCAUUGACGACUGGAUGAUGGAGUCCAUCAGCGGCGACCGCCUGACCCACCAGGUGCUGGACCUCAACCUGGACACUGUCUACUACUUCAGAAUCCAAGCUCGGAAUGCCAAGGGUGUGGGGCCUCUCUCAGAUCCUAUUUUCUUCCGGACACUGAAAGUGGAGCACCCUGACAAAAUGGCCAAUGACCAAGGUCGUCACGGGGAUGGUUCCUUCUGGCCAGUGGACACCAACCUGAUUGACAGGAGCAGCCUAAAUGAGCCCCCCAUCGGGCAGAUGCACCCUCCCCACGGCAGCGUCACCCCCCAGAAGAGCAGCAACCUGCUGGUGGUCAUCGUGGUCACCGUGGGGGCCCUCACGGUGGUGGUGGUGGCCGUGGUGGCCGUGGUGUGCACCCGGCGCUCCUCGGCCCAGCAGAGGAAGAAACGUGCAACCCACAGUGCUGCCAAAAGGAAAGGCAGCCAGAAGGACCUGAGGCCUCCAGAUCUGUGGAUCCACCACGAGGAGAUGGAGAUGAAGAACAUUGAGAAACCAGCAGGCUCAGACCCUGCAGGAAGGGACUCCCCAAUGCAGAGCUGCCAGGACAUCACCCCCGUGAGCCACAGCCAGUCAGAAACACAACUGGGCAACAAGAGCACCCCACAACCAGGCCCUGAGACAGAAGAGGUUGGGAGCAGCAUGUCCACGCUGGAGCGCUCGCUGGCUGCCCGCAGAGCCACCCGGGCCAAGCUCAUGAUCCCCAUGGAGACCCAACCCAACAACCCUCCUGUGGUCAGUGCCAUCCCAGUGCCAACCCUGGAGAGCGCCCAGUACCCCGGGAUCCUGCCGUCGCCCACCUGCGGGUACCCGCACCCGCAGUUCACCCUGCGCCCGGUGCCCUUCCCGACCCUCUCUGUGGACAGGACCUUUGGAGCAGGACGAACUGCCACAGAAGGGCCAGCAGCCCAGCAGCCCUCCCUGCUGCCCCCCAGCCAGCCCGAGCACCCCGGCAGCGAGGACGCCCCCAGCAGGACCAUCCCCACCGCCUGUGUCCGCCCCACCCACCCUCUCCGCAGCUUCGCCAACCCCCUGCUACCUCCACCCAUGAGUGCAAUAGAACCCAAAGUCCCUUACACCCCACUUCUGGCUCAAACAGGGCCCAGCCUCCCCAAGGCUCAGGUUAAAACAGCAUCCCUUGGCUUGGCAGGCAAGGCCAGGUCCCCCCUGCUGCCCGUCUCCGUGCCCACUGCCCCAGAGGCUGCAGAAGAAGGCCACAAGCAGACAGAGGACUCUGCCAACGUUUAUGAGCAGGAUGACCUGAGUGAACAGAUGGCCAGUUUGGAGGGACUCAUGAAGCAACUCAACGCCAUCACGGGCUCAGCCUUCUAG